CAACCAACGACAUCACCGCUUUUUGCCCCUCUCUUGGCCCCAACUCUUCUCUGUUGCGCCCACUGACAGUUGCAAACCUCCAUUGAGCCCCUCCAGAUCCCGUCGUCUGUCUCCUUGUCGCUCUUCUUUGGUAUUCUUCAAUUUUGUCGAUUCCUGAAUUAAAAGGUCUGUCAUGGCGAACAGGGCAAUUCCAUCUCAUCUUCGGUCCCCAAGGCCAGACGCGGGGACCGCCACAGAAAGCCCCUUUGAGAGAAAGCGUCAUGAAAAGUCUCAGUCUCAUAUGGCCUUCGAGAAUGCAUCUACAAACGUUGCAGCAUCACAGAUGCGCAAUGCCCUCAAUGCCCUCGCCGAUACCGUCACGGAUCCCAAGGAAAAGCAGCGUUUUGAAGCAGAGAUGGACAACUUCUUCUCUCUAUUUCGACGAUACCUAAACGACAAGGCAAAAGGCAAUGUCCUGUCCUGGGAUCGCAUUGCCCCCCCACAACCAAGCCAAGUCGUCGAGUACAGUGAACUGGGGAACUCGGCUUCAGUCGAUUUUUUGAAGAAGUUGGCAGUGAUCAAGCUGAAUGGUGGCUUGGGGACGUCGAUGGGCUGUGUUGGACCCAAAUCCGUCAUCGAGGUUAGAGAGGGCAUGUCCUUCCUGGACCUGUCUGUCCGGCAGAUCGAAUACCUGAACCGCACGUACAACGUUAAUGUGCCGUUUGUGCUUAUGAACUCCUUCAAUACCGACGAGGACACCCAGUCGAUUAUCAAAAAGUACGAGGGACACAACAUUGACAUCCUGACGUUCAACCAAUCUCGAUAUCCCCGCAUUCUCAAGGAUUCAUUAUUGCCUGCCCCCAAAAGCUACCAGGCCCCCAUUACGGACUGGUACCCCCCCGGUCAUGGUGACGUUUUCGAGUCACUCUAUAACUCUGGGACGUUAGACAAGCUCUUGGACCGAGGAGUGGAGAUUGUUUUCCUUUCCAACGCGGACAACCUGGGUGCUGUCGUCGACAUGCGGAUUCUGGAACACAUGGUGAAGAACAAGGCCGAAUAUAUCAUGGAACUAACUGACAAGACCAAAGCCGACGUCAAGGGCGGUACCAUCAUCGACUACGAGGGCCGGGCCCGCCUGCUCGAAAUCGCCCAGGUGCCCAAGGAGCAUGUGAACGAAUUCAAAUCCAUCAAGAAAUUCAAAUAUUUCAACACCAACAACAUCUGGAUGAACCUGCGCGCCAUCAAGCGUGUCGUGGAGCACAACGAGCUCGAAAUGGAAAUCAUACCCAACGACAAGUCCAUCCCCGCAGACCGCAAAGGCGAGGCCGACAUCUCCAUCAUCCAACUCGAAACCGCCGUCGGCGCCGCGAUCCGCCACUUCAAAAACGCUCACGGCGUCAACGUCCCGCGUCGCCGCUUCCUGCCUGUCAAGACCUGCUCCGAUCUCAUGCUGGUCAAGUCUGACCUGUAUACGCUCCAGCACGGGCAGCUGGUUAUGGACCCCAACCGUUUCGGCGGCGCGCCACUAAUCAAACUAGGAAGUGAUUUCAAAAAGGUUUCCGAUUUCCAGAAGCGGAUUCCCAGCAUCCCGCGGAUCCUGGAGCUCGAUCACUUGACGAUCAGCGGCGCGGUCAAUCUAGGUCGUGGUGUGACGAUGAAGGGCACUGUGAUUAUCGUGGCGACGGAGGGGAGCACCAUUGAUAUCCCCCCCGGCUCCGUUCUUGAGAACGUCGUUGUGCAGGGAAGUUUGAGGAUCUUGGAACACUAAGAAGCAGUUGGAAAAGAAGAAGGAAUCGAGGCUUUGAUAAUGUUAAUAAUAACCAUGAAGACCGUUCCCCCGCACGUCGCGCGUCGUCCCUUUCCACUCAUCGAAACACAAGAAAGUCGGAUCCGCAAAUUUUUUCAUUUUUAUAUAUAUUUUUUUCAUUUUCAUCGCCUGAGGGAUGUUUUCAGGAGCCGAGCCAGGCAUGAACUUUUUAUUUUUAUUUUUAUUUAUUUUUUUUUCACAUUUGUUUGAUGAAACAACAAAACAAAACUGGGCGUUUUGAAAACUAAAACCUGGUCUUAGUAGGGCUGGAUUGUUGUUUUUUAGUUUGCUUUAAAUGUUGGUUUUUCUAUCCUAUCUUGCUUUCACUUUUUGCGGCUGUUGUCAAAGUUUAGUUACUAUACUAGUUUUAAAGAGCAAGCAACCAGAUCCUUAAUUUAUCCAACUU